AUGCCGGAAUCCACUUUUCAGCAAAGCAUCUUUCUUCAAGCCACCUUGCUUCAGAACAAAAAACGAACAGUUUUCAAUGAUAAAGAAUUGAAGAAACAAUUGCUUUCUGAGGCAAAAACUGCAAUCGCAAAUGAACCGGAUCUUGUUAAUUUUGUGGCUCAUUCUAUUUCAGCUGAAAAUCCACCAGCAUUCACUGGGAACACUAUCUACGCGCUUCAUGACAUUCUAAAGGAAAUUGAGCCGUUGAAUAUUUCUGAUCUUGUCCACGACUUUGACCUCCCCGAUCCUCCCGUGCCUGAUGACCCUGUUGAUACUUCUUCUAUACCGCAAGUUUCUUUGUCCUCCUUGCCUCCAGACAUUCGUCACUUGCUGACUCCUUCUAAUACCCAUCAAACGUCGAUUUAUGAAAAUGAGCUGGACGAUAGAACUCAAUAUGCAUUUGGUCGAGGAAAGAACACAACCAAGAUCAGUACCAGGGAUCUUCUCAAGCAACAAAAGCGUUAA